CGCGUCUUCUACAGGGCAUUUGCUCCCACCGAUACUGGAGCAGAAGGGCACAUCGGGCAAGGAGGCAUCUAACGAGAAGCAGCGGGAGAGCAAGCAUGGUAUCGGUCGGGCUCCAGUUGGUAGGCUACCUUUUGGGGCUACUGGGCUUGUUGGGCACUAUCAUAGCCACCAUGCUGCCCAACUGGCGGGUCAGCUCUUAUGUCGGCUCGAGCAUCGUCACCUCGGUUGGCUUCUCAAAAGGACUCUGGAUGGAGUGUGCCGUCCAAAGCACGGGCAUCACGCAGUGCGACAUCUACAACUCUCUGCUCAGCCUGCCCAUUGACCUCCAGCUGGCCCAAGCCCUGAUGGCCACCUCCAUUGCUAUAGGUUUCCUGGCCGCCAUUCUCUCCGUGACGGGGAUGAGAUGCACCAUCUUUUCUCAGGGAUCCCCCGCGAAGGACAAAGUGGCGGUCGUGGGAGGAGUCACUUUUGUCCUGGGGGGCCUGCUCAGCUUCAUCCCCGUCGUGUGGAACAUCCAUGUGAUCCUCAGAGACUUCUUCAACCCUCUGGUGCCCGACAGCAUGAAAUACGAGAUUGGGGAAGCCCUGUACUUGGGCAUCCUGUCAUCCUUGAUCUCUCUCCUUGGCGGCGCCAUCCUCUGUGCCUCCUGCCCACCUCGCGAAUCACAAGCCGCCGGCUACAGUCCUUACCACUCUCGGACUGUGCUGGAGAAGAGCUCCCUGACACCCGCCGCAUCUCCAAAGGCCUACAGCCAGACUGGUUACGUGUAGCGGUGGCUGCCCGCCUGCGGAAACGCUCCUCGGAUGCUCUGAACGGGUAAGCAGAGAGACAGAUAGGUUUAGUCUUCCCACCACCCUCCUUUCAUCCUCAGCACUCCAGCUCUGCCUCUUCCCCGGGGCAACCUGGCACCUGCCGGAGGUGCCGUGUGGCUUGUCAACCGUCUGGUGUGCUGCCGCUUCCUCCAGGAGGCCCGUGGGGCUGUGUUUUCUCCGAAGACCUUCCUGCUGCUAAAAGACCAGCAAAGUGCCCGGUGACUGAACGGCACAGGAGGAGCCCAUUUGGAGGAGCCACAGGUGCCCACCAGGCCUCUACUGGGCACUCUUCAAAUCUUGCCUUCAUCCCGUCUCCCGUGCCAUACGAUGCAGCCCAAGAUUGGAAAAUGGGACUUAAGGAUUUGGGAGGGGAGGGGGAACAUAGCUCAGUGAUGUGGGAAAACAGUCGCCAUUUCUGGGAGAAGCCUGUGAGUCCUUGGUAAGGGAGUAAAAAGACCCCCAACCCAAAUUGUCGGAGCCCAGAACAAGGGGAUUGAUGGCAGAACAGAACAAGGAUGAUGCGCGGGGAUGUCUUGGGCAACUGAAACAACCUCUGAGAGAUGACAAGAACCCCCCCACACGCCGUCCCCUAUCCCUUGCCCUGCCCUCUUGAUUUCCAAAAGGAUGACCAGGUGCCCUGCAGCCCACUGUUAUUUGGGUCUCAAUAGCAUACAUUCAGCCUCUGGCUUUGAAGAGGCCGAAAUGUGCCUGCUCUGUGGGUGGGGUACAUGUUGGUCUUGGCAGAUGAAAGAACUCUGUGGACAAGCCUGUUGCAACUGCUGUGGGAUCAAAGGGCCGCUCCCUCCGCCCACCAGUGCGAGAGAAGAAUUUGGGCUUAGAGAGGCUCGGUGGUUUCACUGGCC